AGUGCUGCCUGUCUACGAGGAGUGCGUUUGAUUGUUGCAGGGCUCAAUGGCGGACAGAGCAGGAUAGUGGCGUUAACACCGAGGACAAUAACGUUUCGACUGGGUGAAUUCCUGGCGUGACUCGGUCCGCCGGUUGCGUGUCUCCGGGCUGCAGCCGUUCAAACGAGCUCUCUUGCACACCAGCGUCAAAUCCGAAGCAGCCGCCGCUAUUUUCCGCUCGUCUCCCAGCGUUAGCUUUGAGUUCCAUCCCGAGCGGAGAAGUUACACUGUUCAUGGUGGCUCACUAGAGGAAGCUAGCUUGUCAGCAAACCAUGGGGGACUCUCUCGAACUGAUAGGGAAGCGUCUGCUUUUGCUCCUCGACGACGGCAGGCCCGCCAACGGAUCCGAGCCGGAGCAGGCUCCGUGGGCCCGGGACUGGCUUCGGGGAACGGUGCGGGCAGUGAGCGUCAUCGGCCUGGCCGCCCCGGAGGUUAGCGGAGGGGAGGCGACAACAACAACCACUGGUGCAGGGCUCACGGUAUUUGUGGAGUUUGAGAAUGCUUCGCAGCGUUGUUCUUGGGUGCAGGUGUAUGACGAGGGAGUGAAAGCCGUGCUGGUAGAAGACUCCAUCGUUUGGGCCCGCCGUGGUGAUGGCACUGGGACGACUGGAGCUCCAGAAUCAUCCACAGCUUGGCCAGCUCUGGUUUUCCGCUCUCUCGUGGACAGAGUGGGUUUAGGAGCGUUGGUUCCUGUAGAGUAUUUUGGAAACAAGAAUUUUGAGUUUCUGCCGGAUAACAAAACUGUCCAGAGGUUUGAGGUUGAUAAAGAUGUAAGACACCCUUUGCUGUUGGAGCAACCCUCUCUGCAGGCUGCCAUCUCUAACUGGUGCACUGACUUUGAACUGCAGGAAAUCUUCAGGAAGGGUUCGUACACUAUUCAAGGACGCAGGGUUCGUGUUUACCAGCCAGAGUUUGAAGAGUGCUGGGCCUCAGGACUGGUCUCACAGCACGACCCCAUCUCACACAUCAUGGAGAUUACCUUGGAUAAGGGAGACGAAAAUCAGAUGGUAGAUCCUCGUGUGAUACAUGUCAUGCUGACAGAAGAGGAGCUUGGCAAGAAUGGGCGGCGGAGAAAGGACAGUGAAACAAUGAAGGGGGAUAGUGGACGCAGACGUAGGACUGCCUCAGAGGGUGAGGAUGACUUGAACAUGAAACGUUUUAAAGGAGCAGGAGAUACGGGAGCAGAUGUACAAAACUGUGGUGACUCCAACAACACUCCAGUUGAAGGUACGGGAAUCUGGGCUGGAGACUCUGGUGAAAGAGUUAGCAGCACAACAAAAAAUGGAAGUUCUACCGAGGGAACCUUUCCUCAGGGCAGAGUGUCAUCCCCCAGCAACAGUUCCUCACUCCAGAUGGACCAGUCAAAUGCUACUCCUCCUCGUUUUCCUGGCCACAUCAAAGAAAAUGGUCGCACUCUCUCCACACAAGGGGCAGCAGACUCCACCACCACAAUAACUCACACCCCCACCCCUCCUCCCCUUAAACCAGCCCCUUCCCCCUUCUCCACUACAUCUUUUCCCUCACUAGGCCAGAUGCCAAUCUUGGUCCCUGGAGCUCCAGCCCCUAAGGCCUCCCCAUCCCCCCAGCCAGACCGAGAGGAGUCCUGCCAGUCAGCUUAUUCCAAAACAGCUGCUCUUGUUUCCCCGGGACCUGUCACCAUUUCUUGGUCUCAAGACAGCGGUCCUAGUGUGGCACUUUCUGCUUCUGUGGGUUUUAGUCCUAAAGCACCUACCUGGGGAAGCCAGACUGAGGGCUCCAAAACAGCAUCAGGUUUUCGUUUGUCCCAGCCGGUCCCCUCUGCUCCAGUUUUUGGAGAUGUUACCUCUCAGACGAAUGGAGCUCCUACUACCACCACAGCCUCCCAGGACUCUCCCAGGCCUUUUGGCUUUGGUUUUGGCGGAGCAAAGAAUGAGACUCAAUCUCAGCAAGACCAAAACCUGUUUUUCCAGUGCAUGACCCAGAAUUCUGGAUCUAGCCCAAGCCUAACUGCUGGUCAGACCCAGUCCAAGGACACCAACUACUUUACUGCAGUGUCUGAGAGCCUGACUAAAGAGCCCCCAAGCCUUUUCAAGCCAGCAACCUCCACUGAAGGGCUGAAAAUGCCCGAGCAGCCCAAAGUGCCUGAGGCCCAUCCAACGGGAAAUGGUGUGUUCAACAAAUCACCGUCGUCCUUCCAGGGUUUGGGUGGCUCUGCAGGAGGACGGAGCUCGGGCUUAAGUAUUGGUGGUCUACCUGUGGCCUCUGGAGCCCAAAGUGCGUCUAAGAAGAACAGUAAUAACGGAACUUCUGUAGGGGGCUUAGGACUGCAGUCAGGUUUUAAUUCUUCAGAUAGCCACCAGAACCUUUUUCUACAGGCCUCCAAAGAGCCUGCUAAUCCAUUUCUGGCAUAUGGAGAUAAAACCUCCCACACAUCUUUUGCUGGUCUCACUGGGACUGAGCCACAGACCCUGGGUCCAUCCUUGGACAGCAAGCCAAACCUGUUCACGAUGGCAGAGCCACCUAAAGGAAUUCUGUCUUCCUCUUUCCCAGCACUCUCAACAGUUGCUUCAGCCAGCUCUUCCUCCUCUCCAGCACCAGCCUCCUCUCAGAGGUUACAGAGUGAAGGGACUGUGACAAAGGAGGAGGAGGAGGAGGAGGAGGAAGACGUUGGGGAGAUGCCUACAUCCACCUCAGGUUGCCCCAUGUUUGGAAGCACUGGCCCUGGUGGAAUGGAGGAAGUGCCUUUGUCCUUUGACCAGAGCCAGUCUCAGAAGUUUAACCUGGAAGAAAGAGGCCAGUCGUCUAAACGUGACUCUGAUUCCAGCAGCAACAGUGACUUGUCAGACCUGAGUGAGAAUGAGGACGGCCUGGAGAAAGGCCAGAUCCCAGGAGGACCUCCUCAUCCUUCCAAGGAUGGGGCUAUUCUGCAGAAAACUAAAGUCCAAGGGGCUGCUAAGAGCCGUCCACGUAACAAGCCUUUCAAAGUGGGCCAGUCUGUACUAAAAGACCAAAGCAAGGUACGCCGUCUGAAGCAGUCUGGUGAGUCCUUUCUCCAAGAUGGCUCCUGCAUCAAUGUAGCCCCUCACUUGCAUAAGUGCCGCGAAUGCCGCUUGGAGCGUUACCGUAAAUAUCGAAGUACAGAUGACGACAGUGAUGAUGACGACGACCCAAAUGUGGCCUGUCGUUUCUUCCACUUCAGAAGGUUGGCUUUCACUCGUAAAGGUGUUCUGCGUGUGGAAGGCUUCUUAAGUCCUCAGCAGAGUGAUUCAAUGGCCAUGGGCCUGUGGCUACCUGCACCAGCUGUCCAAGAGGGCCUUGACCUCGAUACAUCCAAGUACAUCUUGGCUAAUGUGGGAGAUCAGUUCUGUCAGUUGGUCAUGUCUGAGAAGGAGGCCAUGAUGAUGGUGGAACCUCACCAAAAAGUGGCGUGGAAACGUGCUGUGCGAGGUGUCCGAGAAAUGUGUGAUGUGUGUGAGACCACCCUGUUCAACAUCCACUGGGUGUGUCGCAAGUGUGGCUUUGGAGUGUGUCUGGACUGCUAUCGGCUUCGCAGGAACAGGCCACGGGAGGAUGUAGAUGAAGCUCCAGAGGAUGAGGUUUUCUCUUGGUUGAAGUGUGCCAAAGGUCAACCUCAUGAGCCACAGAACCUCAUGCCUACACAAAUUAUACCUGGGACAGCGCUUUACAACAUAGGUGACAUGGUGCACUCGGCGAGAGGCAAGUGGGGUAUUAAAGCCAAUUGUCCCUGUACCAGUCGACAUACUAAGCCUUUAGUGCGACCUACUGCCCCCAAUGGAAUUUCGCAGCAGUCUACAACAAGCAGUGGGGGUGGUCUUGUAGCUGCAGCCUCUGGUAUUGGCACCACUCCAAAAUCAGAGGGAGAAACGUCAGCGAUCAAAACAGAACCUACGCAAACAGCAGUGCCGUCAGACAGUGGGGGCGGUGAAAGCGUGGGCAGCACCAGUAACUCCACCAGUGGUACAUCCUCCCCCUGUAACCUCACCCAGUCUUCUGCCAAGGAGUCACGCUCAUCAGGAGAGGGCAACAGCUCUGCUCUGCAUUGGUUGGCAGACCUCGCCACACAGAAACCUAAGGAUGACACAAAGGAAUCCGGUUCACUUCGCUCCAUGAUGAGUCGAGACAGUCGGCCUCCCUUCGGCCUGGACUCACUCAGUGCCCUUUCAAAGCCUUCUGCUUCCAGCCCAAAGCUAUUUAACAGCUUGUUACUGGGCUCCAGCAUGGGCCAGUCUAAACCUGAGGGGUCCAGUCUCCGGGACCUUCUCAACUCAGGACCAGGCAAACUGCCCCAGGGCCCAGGAGAGAGUGGGGUACCAUUCCCCUCUGUUUUUACCUCAGCAGGCAGUGACAAGCUGAAGAGCAGCCUUCCAAACUUCCUGGAUCACAUCAUCGCCUCGGUUGUGGAGACCAAGAAGGCAGAAGGCCGUCGUACUGGAGCCUCUGAAGGUGGCGAACUCAGCGUGUUGGGGGGUCGCAAAGAUGGAGUAAUGGGCCUUAGUGUUUUGGAACCACAUACCUCACAUUCCUGGCUCUGUGAUGGGCGACUCCUUUGCCUACAGGAUCCCAGCAACAGCAACAACUGGAAAAUCUUCAGAGAGUGCUGGAAGCAGGGACAACCUGUGUUGGUGUCGGGGAUACAUAAACGCCUGAAAGCUCAUUUGUGGCGGCCUGAGGCCUUCAGUGAGGAGUUUGGAGAUCAGGAUGUAGACCUGGUCAACUGUAGAAAUUGUGCUAUUAUUUCUGAUGUGAAGGUGCGAGACUUCUGGGACGGCUUUCAGGUCAUCUCCAAGCGACUGCAAGACAGUGAUGGGCAGCCCAUGGUGUUAAAAUUAAAGGACUGGCCUCCAGGUGAAGACUUCAGGGACAUGAUGCCCACACGGUUUGAUGAUUUAAUGGAUAACCUCCCCUUGCCUGAGUACACAAAAAGAGAUGGUCGUCUAAACCUUGCGGCCCGCCUGCCUAACUUUUUUGUGCGUCCUGACCUUGGACCUAAGAUGUACAACGCCUAUGGCUUAAUCUCAACUGAAGACAGGAAGGUGGGAACCACAAAUCUCCAUCUGGAUGUGUCUGAUGCUGUUAACGUCAUGGUCUAUGUUGGCAUCCCUCAAGGAGAGGGAAAUCAGGAGCAAGAGGCAGACAUCUCUGGACGCCAAGAGGUUAUGACCACCAUCGAGGAGGGCGAUGUGGACGAAAUGACCAAGAGGAGAGUGUACGAAGGGAAGGAGAAACCUGGAGCUCUGUGGCACAUCUACGCUGCCAAGGAUGCUGAGAAGAUCAGAGAAUUGCUCCGCAAGGUGGGAGAAGAGCAAGGCCAAGAGAACCCUCCAGACCACGACCCCAUUCACGACCAGAGCUGGUACUUGGACCAGGUGCUCCGCCGCAGGCUCUAUGAAGAAUAUGGCGUCCAGGGCUGGGCCAUUGUACAGUUCUUAGGCGAUGCUGUAUUUAUCCCUGCUGGAGCUCCACACCAGGUACACAACCUGUACAGCUGUAUCAAGGUGGCAGAGGACUUUGUGUCUCCUGAACAUGUGAGGCACUGUUUCAGACUGACCCAGGAGUUCAGACACUUGUCCACUACUCACACGAACCACGAAGACAAGCUACAGGUGAAGAACAUCAUCUAUCACGCAGUGAAGGACGCCGUUGGGACACUGAAGGCCCAUGAACCUAAACUAGCACGCCCUUAGUUCCUGUCUCCAAACAACCAGCCUCUGAAGACCACUCCACUACGUACACACACAGCAUAGAUCACUUACCUACAUACACAAGUACAAGCUGCAGGGUGCAGAGUACAGAGGUAGUGUAGGUUUUUGGGGCAGUGAAAGUCUGGGGAACGAGAACAUUUGAUUUGGGGAGGGAUUAGAUGGGGAGGGACUAAUCAGCGCUUCGAUGGAGAAAGUUCUUCAUCGCUGUUACACAUUAUGCUCAAACUUGUCUAGUUGUUUUUCAAAUUUUUUUUUUUUUUCUUUUUUGAUUAACUCUGUAUUUAAGGUCAGUGUGUUUGUUCUGUUGUUUUCAUUGUAUAUGUAAGAUGUGAGAGUAAGGGAGGUAAAAGCUGCCGUGCCUUUGGAGCAGAGGUUCAGCUACAAUAUAAGCAACUGACAAAAUGUGAGUACUGGGCUAACUUUCCUAUUUUGAUGACAUUGAUAUUAUUUUCUUCAAUAGGAGCAAGGUUAACCUGUUUUUGUAGAUUUUUUUGUUGGAAGUUUUUAAACAGCUGAUUGUUUCUGCCCUCUGUGGCUGAAAUGAAUUUGUGAAGCAGCCAGUCAAGGGAAGCAGACCAAAGUUUUGUAUUUUUAGUUUUCUUAUUUCACUUUUAGAGUAACAAGUCGUUUCUUUUUAUACACCACAAGGUAAUGAUGAGACGGGCUUCAGAGAGGGCAGUUUUUUUUCCACUUGUCUUUGUCCUGUGGGCUGAAUGAACUGCAGACUUCCAACAACAUUGUUCAAGAAUCACAAUUGCAGCUGAACAGAACUACUGGCCAUUAACAUUGUAUCAAUAUAUAUAUUGAUCUUAGCAGUCUGUUUGAUUUUUCACAAUAAAGUUUACAAAAACUA